CAAUUGAUUUGUGCUUCAUAUUUAUACUUUUGUUUUGAAAGUUUUAAAUUAAUAUUUAAACUAGAGUGUGCCAAUGAAUGCAAGUUUAAAAAAAACACGAAAAUUUUAAGAGAAAAUCGAAAAAGAAAAAUUCAUAGAAAAAAUUUAAAACCAAUUUGUGAUUUAUAAGUUUACUAUCAAUUGAAAUAGUGACUAGUUUCGAGCAAUAUUUAUAUCAAAAACUCAUUUGAGUAUCAAAAAGUUGUGACCAUUUGACAGAAAUCGCCAAAAUUUUGGACAAAAAAGAGCGGUGAAAAUCUUUGACCGCAAAGAGAGAAAAGAACUGAAAAAAUUGAAAAGUACAUAUCUCAUGGAAUAGCAAUCAACGUUCCGUUUGAAAGAGCCAACAGCAUCGUUUUACUAGGACUUAAUAAGCGACAUACAUUGAAAAAUUAAUAGAGACGAAAAUUGCAAUUGUGGCAAAUAAAGUAUGUGGAAUCCAAUCAACAAUCUCACCGGGGGCUCUAUGGCCAAAAAUAUUGAAUGCAUACACAUGGUAUAAAUACCGUAUAUCCUACAUACAGGAAAAAUAAAUCGCCAUACGAAAACAUUAGUGUAAACAUUUCAUAGAAGAGUUAAAGUAAACAAUUAGUUCAAGUUAUAGAUAAAUUCAAAUGUUUAAAUUGUGUACGGUCAAUUAAAAAAGAUUACAAUAUAUGGUCGCAUUUGUUUUGGUUUCGGAUGCAAUAUUAAUUAUCUCUGUCGCGCUCUCACUCUCGCCGCGCUAUGUGUGAAUGUGUAAUUUACGUGAAAUAAAGAUAGUUAAAUGCAAUAAAUAAUAUUCAUAGUGAAAAUAUAUCGCUUCCGUUGUCUGGUGCGGGCGCGUCCAUUUGUAAUUUCGGCUCUUGAUACGAGAAUAGUGAAAACUCUAAUUUAGAAAAUCAGCGCAAUAAAAUGCAUUUAAUAUGGUUUAUGGCAAGGACUGCGUUUCGAUGUUGAUGAUGGUCCAUAUAAUAUCCUCUGUUUUAUUGUGUGCACCGUUUGUCCCAGCAUUUCCAAGUGUUGUAAAGUAACCGAAUAAAUUGCUUUUAAAGUCGUUUCGUUUUUUGGCAAAACGUGUAGAUGUGAGUGUGUAUAAAAGGCUAAUUAAGUGUCGUCGCCGUUUAUGUUCCUCUCUCAUUUUCAUUUUUAUUUUUAUUCCACGUAAUUUCGUGUUCGAAUCCGUAAUAUUGGAUACAGUCUCGAUAUAAACACACACAUACAUAAAGAAUCAAACGGAAUAUCGUGUGCUAUCCAGUGAUUAGGCAUGUUCGCAAACAGUAAUCAUAAUAAAAUCGAGGAAAACGAUCAUAAAAUGUAAAAAGAAAUUAAAAUAUUGUGUUUUCAUGCAUUUGAAUUGGUGCUUGUGUGUUGUUUUUGGGUGUGUGUGUGUAAAUUAUUCAGUCUUCAGUAUGCACGCAUAUAAAUAAAUACGUAGGUAAUGGGAAUUCUUUUGCACAACCACUACAUCGACUGAACUUUUUUUUACUUAAUGUUGAUUACGGUUAUUUGGUUGCCGUAUUGGAAAGCACUCUUGGUGUAUUGGGAAAAUAAAGUGGCGAAUAUAUGGCCAUAUAUUGAAAAGGACGCAGGCAAAAAUUCAAGCUCAUAAAAUAUAACCAUUUGCACGCGACGCCAUUCGCGCUAUAUAUACCGGCAUUCAAAAGUCUACACCACAACCAUACAAAACACACAGCGAUACGGCAAUGAGAGAAUGAAACGUCAGAGAAAAACACAGCGACGUCAGCAAGUUCGGGUUUCAUAUUGGAAUUAAUACGGAUUUUCUAUUAUGCUGAAUAAAAUAGUAAAUAGAAUGAUGUUUACGCUGCAGAAGUUGAUUCCAGCUAACAUAAGACAUCGCACUCAAGCAUUAUCAUCAUUUACAACAAAUCUGGAGGUUAUCGAUCGGCCGACAAAUGUAAUGGCGCAUUAAACGAGUGCGAAAUACCUUUACGAAGAAGAGUGAUUUCACAUUGAAUUAUCGAUUUGGAAACAACACAACAAAAAAGAGUGUACAAACACAAAAACGAGAGAAAGAUCGACUAAUUGAUUGCAAGUAUUUGUCCACGACAGCAACAAAAAAAUUGAGUGCAGAGAGUGCACUUGAAGUGGAAAAUAAAUUUGUUGAUUGUGUAUCGAUUCUCCUUUUUGCCUCCAUAUUCAACGAACACGCAUUUGUACACACAUCUGUGAAAUCAACCAUUUGGAUAAAAAAAAAAACAGCAAUCAAAAGAGGAAAAAAAGUGUUUUCGUAGUCGCAAUUAAUUUUUCCUCAAAAAAACCUCAAGUCAUCGAUUAUUCAAGCGAGAAAAAAAGCAGUGCUUGUAUGUGUAAACGGGCGUAUGCCAAUAAAGGUAUCGUUGUGAGCAUACAGUUUGUGUGAAACGAAAACGGUUUCUUUAUUCAAUUUUCAGCGUCAGUUUGUUGAAUCAAAACGAAAUUGUAGAUAAUUUACAAAGAUGCCCGGCGGACGCAGAGGUUUGGUUGCACCACAAAACACAUUUCUCGAAAAUAUCAUUCGACGAUCCAAUUCACAACAGGAUAGUUCGUUCCUGUUGGCAAAUGCUCAAAUUGUUGAUUACCCUAUCGUCUAUUGCAAUGAGGCAUUUUGCAAGAUCAGUGGUUUCAGUCGUGCCGAAGUUAUGCAAAAAUCAUGCAGAUGUCAAUUCAUGUGUGGUGAAUUAACUGACAAAGAAACGAUAUCCCGUUUGGAUUAUACGCUGGAGAAUCAACUACAAGAUCAAUUUGAAGUGCUACUUUAUAAAAGCAACAAAACCCCAUUAUGGCUCCUGCUUCAGGUGGCACCGAUACGUAACGAAAGUAAUUUGGUUGUGCUGCUGUUGCUAACAUUUCGUGAUAUAACUGCCUUCAAGCAGAUUGAUGCCGAAGAUACAAAAAGUGGUUUAUCAAAAUUCGCAAAAUUGGCACGCUCGGUAACACGAAGUCGACAGUUUAGUUCACACGUUCCAAAUCUAAAGGACCCAUCAAAACAAUCGAAUUUGGCACAAAUGAUGUCAUUAACCGCUGAUGCUGUAAUGCCACAAUAUCGACAAGAAGCACCAAAAACACCGCCACAUAUUUUAUUGCACUAUUGUGCAUUCAAAGCAAUUUGGGAUUGGGUGAUACUUUGCUUAACUUUUUAUACCGCCAUCAUGGUACCAUAUAAUGUAGCCUUUAAAAAUAAAACCUCAGAGGAUGUUUCACUAUUAGUAGUUGAUUCUAUUGUAGAUGUAAUUUUCUUCAUAGAUAUUGUUUUGAACUUUCACACAACGUUUGUUGGUCCGGGCGGUGAGGUUGUUAGUGAUCCAAAAGUAAUACGAAUGAACUAUCUAAAGUCUUGGUUUAUCAUUGAUUUGCUCAGCUGUUUGCCUUAUGAUGUUUUCAAUGCUUUUGACCAUGAUGAAGAUGGAAUUGGCUCUUUGUUCAGUGCACUUAAAGUAGUUCGAUUGCUUCGCUUAGGUCGUGUUGUACGAAAAUUGGAUAGAUAUUUGGAAUAUGGGGCAGCAAUGUUAAUAUUACUAUUGUGUUUCUACAUGUUGGUCGCUCAUUGGUUGGCAUGCAUCUGGUAUUCAAUCGGACGAAGCGAUGCCGAGAAUGGCGUCCAAUACAGCUGGCUAUGGAAAUUGGCAAAUGUGACGCAAAGUCCAUACUCAUACGUUUGGUUGAAUGACACAAAUACACCCGAGAUCAUCAACGGGCCCAGCAAAAAAACAAUGUACGUGACUGCGCUCUACUUCACAAUGACAUGUAUGACGUCGGUUGGAUUUGGCAAUGUUGCAGCUGAAACCGAUAACGAACGCGUGUUUACCAUUUGUAUGAUGAUCAUUGCAGCUUUGCUCUACGCCACAAUUUUCGGUCAUGUGACAACAAUCAUUCAGCAAAUGACAUCUGCGACCGCAAAAUACCAUGAUAUGCUCAAUAAUGUGCGUGAAUUUAUGAAAUUACACGAGGUUCCAAAAGCGUUAAGUGAACGUGUUAUGGAUUAUGUUGUUUCAACGUGGGCAAUGACAAAAGGAUUGGACACGGAAAAGGUGUUGACCUAUUGUCCGAAAGAUAUGAAGGCCGACAUUUGUGUGCAUCUGAAUCGAAAGGUGUUCAAUGAGCACCCGGCAUUUAGGUUGGCGUCUGAUGGGUGUUUGCGUGCUCUGGCAAUGGACUUUACAAUGUCACAUUCGGCACCCGGUGACCUUUUAUAUCAUACUGGUGAAAGUAUUGACAGUUUAUGUUUCAUCGUGACCGGAUCGUUAGAAGUAAUUCAAGACGAUGAAGUUGUGGCCAUUUUAAGCAAAGGUGAUGUGUUUGGUGACCAAUUUUGGAAGAAUCAAGUUGUUGGACAAAGUGCAGCAAAUGUACGGGCGUUAACAUAUUGUGAUUUGCAUGCAAUCAAACGCGACAAAUUACUCGAAGUGUUGUCAUUUUACAAGUCAUUUGCGUUAAGUUUUUCACGAAAUUUAACACUAACUUAUAAUCUACGUCAUCGCCAAGUGUUUCGUAAAGUGGCCGAUGUGAAACGGGAAAAUGAAUUGGCCGAUCGAACAAAAGACGAACCAGUCGCACCCAAUCAAGAUCAUAUCGUACGAAAACUUUUCUCCAAAUUUCGUCGACAACCAACAACGCAAGGUUCACGUGACAGUGCAUCACAAAGUGAUGCCGAAAAAGGCGAAACACAAACUGAACGAACGAAACUUCCCGCCAAAUUAACACUCACAGAAGAUUCACGUAUCAUAAGUUCAGCUCCAUCACCAUGUCCAUCUCCAUCACCAGCGACCACAUCAGGACCACCGUCGGCACGUGGUGCAGGCGCAAGUAAAUGGGGCCGAAUAUUAGGUAGUUCUAGUGUUGAUUCGGCUAGUGAUACAUGUACAAAAAUAGCUGUGUCGAGAAGUCUGAGUGCAAGAGAAAGUUUGCGUGACACAGCCGGCCAAGGCAAACAAUCUAGUAGUUCGAGUAGUAAUGGCGGCCAAGGAAACAAAGUAUUUCCAAAGACGCAAAAAUUGCAACCGUCUCCGGCCGCAUUGGCAAGACAAGAUACCAUCGACGAAACAAAUGAGGAUUCGAAAUCAUUGCGAAGGCAAGCGCUCGAGCGGCAGGUUACCGAACGAGAAAGUUCAAGUGGGACACAACGUGAUCAGCUCGAAAAAGCAUCUUCCAUCGAACGCGAAACGAUGUCCGAAACAUAUGAUAAUGGUUUACGUGAACAAUCUAGUACAUUAGCCCAACGUGACUUAAUCGCAACGGUACUUGAUAUGAGAGUCGAUUCACGACUUGAAAUGCAAAAUAUGUCCAAGCGCAUCGGUCGACUAGAGGAUCUUCUCACCGAAUUAAUUAAAAGAUUAACAAAUGAUUCAUCUGAUUUGAGUACACCGGCCGAUGAAAAUAUUCCAAUGAUAACAACAACAUUCAUUGGCUCACCAACGACAGGCUCAACAUCACAAUCUACUAAUAUUAUCGUAACAAGUACUGCCAGCACAUCAGCGUCAUGUGGCAUUCCAGCGCCGCCGCCACCAUCAUCAUCAUCAUCUCCAGGUCUUGGACCAUUGUUGUUAAGAAAACGACGUUCAAAAAGUCGUCGAGCACCGGCACCACCAACACGGUCAGUAACUAGUCCGGCGUGUCCUGAACAAGCUCGACUACUCGACGAAGCUGAAGCAACCGCAAGCACUUCAACACCAACAUCAACAUCGGCAGCAGCGCGGAGACGUGAUUUUCUCUAGCCAAAAAUUUUGAUACGUCAUCAAACGGAUCAAGAUCAAAGUGAUCAUUAAUGCAUUUACCAUAAAAGAAUGGAUUAAAUGCAGCCAGUUUGCUUGACGUAUAUACAUCAAGAAUAUACAACUCAAUCGAUUUUGGAGAAGAAGCGAUACCAAUGACGGUCCUACAUUUAACUAUUGUAUUUAAAAUUGAAAUGCAAGUGAUUUGUAUCAUAUGUUAUAUGUUAAAUUCAUGUGCAAUCGACUCAUUGUUUUAUGUCCACUCACACAUACACACACACACACACAUAACAUAAACCUUUUGGAGCAAGUGCAUAGAAACAUCACAGAACACGUAUUCAUUAUUACCUCUUCCUUUUCACGUCAAAAAAACUGACGUCUAAAAUCAAUAUUCAUUUGUAUUUAAACUGAGAAGAGAUGUGUCUCAUAGUCAUCGGUUUUUAUGCAUAUGUGCAAAAAAGCAUGCAUUAUAGCUGCUAUUCACAAUUGAUUAAGCAAACCAUUGUUUCGAUAAAAUACAAUCACACCAACAAAUUAUUCAUCAAAUUCGUACUAAUAACACAAAACUGUUUUCGAUAGAAUAAUUGAGAGCAAGCAAACAAACUUGCAACUAAUUACAAAAAUGCUACUAGCAUCGCAAAAAAACCAACAAUUAUUACAUGAACAAAAAAACACGUAUUAGGCAAUAAGUAUUAGUUAAUAUAUUGUGUAUUCAGAGAAUGAAAAAAAAUAUAUUCGCGCUGACUUCUAACUUUGACUAUCAUAUACCAUUAUCAUCAACAUCACACAUACAUUUCAAAUCAAUUCAAGCGAGCUUUUCCAACAAACUUAACGACAUAAAUUAAGAUUAAUGAAAAGAGAUAUGGAAUUGAAUAAAAUUAAAUGUCCUUUUUUGUCGAUUGAAAAAAUAAGAGAAGACUACACACACACACUAAACACUAAAGGCGUAAGGAUAAGAGAAGAUACUUCACAUUGUCGAGAUCGAGAUUUCGAACUUCAGCUUACCUAUUCGCAUGCAAGGUGAUGAACAUCUUGACACAUUUCUAACAAGCAAUAACUAUAUUUCUUAUUAAUAUAUUUCUUAUUGAAUCUAAGAAACAUUUGGCCUUUUUAGCCUAUUUAAUUUUCACAUGCUAGCCAUCAAACAACCAAAUUGAUUGGCACACACUUGCAAAUCUAAUCUAUCGUCAUGUAUAGUGAGAAUUAUGAUGUAAAUUCUAUUAGAACAUUGGCGCUGUAGUAACUAGAGAUUGACAUUUGCAUUUCGAAAUUAGCACAAUUUCUUCAUAAAAGAAAUCUCAAUCAAAAAUAAUUAAUAUUAAACGACCAAAGCAAAUGAAAUCGAAAGCGAUAAGAUACAAGAAAUUGCAUAUAUAUUUUGAAUUUGUGCAUUUUUUUUGUGAACGAAAUUAAUGUUUGUUUUUCUUUUGUCGUUGUAAACAUUUUUUGGUUUGUCGGCCACAACAUAGAAUCGAUCUGAACAACUUAAAUUGAUUAAAAUGUGACACACACACACACAAAAUGCACUGAGAUAGAAUGAAAUCUAAAGAAACAGGUUGUAUAAAUAAGUCAUAGAAAACGAGCCAAUGAAAACAAUUUUCAAUAAAUUGGAAAAUUGUUUAAUCAAUCGAUCGACAUCGGUGUGUAUGUCGUAUCGUGCACAUCAAAAAAAAAUAUUUGUAAAUAAAAUGGAUAAAAUUCAUACUAAAUAAGCUGUUACUAACAAUAAAUUUUAUCUAUAGAAAAAAACGGUGAACAUUUCACAUCAAAAGACAAACAAACACUAAAUAAGCUUUAGUCAAUAUAACUAAUGUUGAUUUCAUCAGUUUCAUUUCUUCUUAUUUUUCGGUUAAAUACACUAUAUUUUUUACUGUUUUUGCGUUCAAAUAUUAUUCCUGUAGAGUGAUAAAACUGCUGAAUAAUCUAUCAGCGAAAAUGAGAAGAAGAGUAAACAAAGCGUGAUAUUAGAAAAUUUGGUUUAUAAGUUGCAAUUAAAUUUAUUCAACGAAGAAAAGUUUUGUGAACGAAAAUGAAGUUUUAACGACUCGAUUAUUUACACACUGUAUAAUGAUGCAUCAGCAGUGUUUCGUUAUCACAUGAUACAUUGCGCCCAAUGAUAUUGUUACGAGAACGGCUGUCUUUAUGCCAUAAGAAAACUACACAAAAAGUGUACUCAUCAUAAAUUAUGAUUCAUAUGUGGUUUAUUCCAUUUUAUCAAAAUAUUUGUUUUUUGUUAUUAUUAUAUUUGCGCGCACAUCGCACAUACUUUCAACAACAAAUAAAAAACAUCUAUGUAUUAUUAAAUAUGUGUCUCGGUAUAAUAAUAGUAAUGACUUUGCGAUGCAUUCAUGUGUGUCUAUAUCGUAAAGGAGUUUAUAACAUAAAAAAAAUAAUAAAACAGCGAUAUAAGGAGUACUAGUUUAGGAUCUACAUUUCCAAAUUUUGUCGACGAAGUGAUAAAAAAAAACACUCUUCCUCCAAUAUUAUUACAUCGCAUAUUCUAAAAUCAAACUUUCGGCCAAAAUGUUGGUUCUUUUUAAACGAAAAAAAAAGCAAUAAAUAAUUUUCUAAUUUAAUGACAGACUCGCGCGAUUUAAUUUUUAUUCUAAAAGGUAGUUGAAUUGUAGAGAAGAAUCACAAAAAAACAAUAAAUGGUAAACCAUGUUCAUUAAAAUGAUACGCCUUAAAAGUUAAUCCAAAAUUUGGCUUAAUGCACUUCCCACCCACUUGCUUUGAUUACCGACACCUCCAUUAUUAUCACCACUACACACAGUCUGAAUUGCUUUUACUCUCCAUUUUUAUGAUGAACAACAACAACAAUAACAAAAAAGAGGAAUUUCUCGAUCGAGCCACUUACAUCGCAUAUUCUAAUUUAAAGAAGAUGAAAAAAAAACUGUCAUUAGCUUGUUUCGUACUCAUAUCUAAAAAUGGCUUUAUAAAUAAAUUGUCGAAGGCAUUUCCGACAAAAAUUAAAAUAGAAAAUAAAAAAUCUUGUUGAAGUGGCCGUCUCAAUACAUAUUAUAUAAAAAAGAGUAUUCAACAUGAAUUUGUCCGAAUUUGUCAUCCCGUUGUGGAUUUGUUGAAAACACAGAAAAAUAUGUUUUAUGUAUAUAAUAAAAUCGAUUCACAUUCAUUCAUACACUCACCAGCACAUUCAAUGAAUGGCAAUGAAGUCACAUUUUUUGGCUUCAAUCAUCAUUAAUAUUCAUGUUGUUCAUUCCAAAUGUUUAAAAUGCAAUGUGAAUUUUGAAAAUGAAAAUUAAAAAAAAAACUUUGUAAAUAGCAAUCAAUUAAUUCUAUUAAUAAUAAUAACAAUGAAAAGAAGAAAACCCGACACGUUUAGAUAAAAAAAAAUAUUUUUCCGUAGAAUAUAUCACACCAUAAGUUAUUAUACACUCACACACAUUUCUUUUCGUAUAUAUUUUGUUAAUUCUCAUCUAUAUAUAGUUUAUUAUAAUGAAUUUUUAACUUGAAUUAUUUCAGCGAAUGAAAAAAUGUAAUAAUCCGCUUUUUUCUCAAUUAUGUUUAGAUUAACUAUUUAUCGCAAAAUUUUUAUUCAUACUUUUAUCAUACAACAUGCAUUGCCAACACGCAAUUAGGAAAAGCCUUUGAAGCCAAUUUAAUCAAGACUUUAUUUUCGAUUUAAAUUCAUAUUAAUUCAUGUUUAAUUUGCGUAAAAUUUUAUGGCUUAUGCAAAAAAAAACAAACCAUUUUUAAUUUCUUUAAAUCAAUUGUUUAUUAGAUUCCAUGCUAAAACAAAAUUUAUGAAAAGAACAAAAAAAAA